AUGUCUUUUCAUGCAUAUUUACAAAAAGUGCAAAAAGACUGGCACCAACGCCAAAUUUAUUCCACCUCUAGAGAAACCAGAUUUCUGUGUCAUGCACCUUGGCCAGAAGACAUAAUAGCAGUUGUAGCGGCGAUUUAUGAGCCAUCACAGGAACACCAAACGGAUGGUUUAAGUCUCAAUCUCCCAUAG